GUGGCGUGUAGUGGGGGAGGUAGGACUUGAACCCUGAGACCCCAUGGGCCAUAUAUACUACGGUUCCAUGCAGCUCUCUUGCUACUUAGUGUCAGCUUCUCGACGAUCCUUGUUGUUUCACAGGGGAGACACAUCGAGGAAGGACAGAUCUAAAAGAUGAAUCUACUCGUCGUUCUCGCCUUGAUAAAGUUCGCGUCGGGGGAUCCGGGUGGGCUUCUCAAAGUUCCCAAAGUGUACAACGCCGUGAUCACGAGCAAUCAAAACUUGUCUCCGUCCCGAGCAUACCCGGUAAUCCAACCCGUGAUCCAUAGGACGGCGAUCGGUUACGUGCCGCCAGUUUACUACACCCAAGUGGCGCCUCAUUUAGCCGGGCCGGAAGUGGUGCACCUUUCCCAACGGGUGUUGAAACAGCCGAGCGACGUUCAAACCGCCCCCUCGUCGCCCUCCGUCGAACGGUCCAAGUCGACCGACAAAACGGAAUCGACGAGUCCCAACGUGGAAGAGGAGGAGGAGGAGGAAGGAGAGGUCUCGAAGUCGGGAUCGAAGGGGAAGAGCGGGGACCAGGAACCUCUCAGCUUCUAUCCCAAUUACCAAUCGUUGUACUACGACCCUUAUUUCUACACGUACAGCGGAUUCAAUCCUCACCUGGUUCCCGGCACUUACUACGUCGACUAUCAACCCUACGGCACCCUCGAACCUAUCCCCGCAACCACGCCGAGAAACGGGCUCGCCGAGCAUCUGCUCCCAGCCUAUCACGAGGAGAAGAAACUCUCUGGGAAGGACGAGAAGGAGAGAAUACCGGAUGUGCCGCCGCCACCCCUUCCAACAGCCGUGCCGAAAAGUUCUUGAGGCGGAACCGGUCCGACGAGGUUCGUUCUCGCGUAAACGUUUUGAUGCCCGUUGAUUAUCAGACUGAUUAUCAGAGUUCGUUUCAUCGAGAUCGAAGCGAAGCGAAGUUAACGAGAGACGAUUAAUUUGGUCCGUUCAACCAUCAUUGUGUAUAAAUUGCGUUAACGUGGAUUGAAGAAAAGGAUGAUUUUUCUUGAGGGAUGGUUACACAGUUACUUAUCUUAUUUUCGCGAUUAUUUAUGAAUAACAUUUUAUUUCGACUAACUUAUGGUGUUAAUAUCUAAUAUUUUAUAUAUUUUAUAUAUUUUAUAUUCGUUGUGGCAGAUUUCUUUUAUGGAUUUCCACUUUUUUUGUAUUCGUGUGACAUACACUUAGAAAUAAAAUAUUAUAUUCGCUUUGUUAAAAGUA